AUGACGGGAAGCAAGGAGAUAGCCAAAUUGAAUUCGCCACUUGUCGAGAUCCACUCCUUUCCUAAUAAAUAUAUUUAUUUGGCACGUCACUCCGAUCAGCUAUAUGAAUACCGACUGUCGAGCAAUGGUCGCAGCACGUUUUACACAUUUUACCGCAUCACCUGUCGGCUGGGCAUCGACUAUGAGCUGAAUACGUACGAAUGCUUGCCCCUUUUGGCCGCACCAGCGUACAAAGCACUGCACCCUGCGGAAUCGGCACCAGUCAUUCAGGACGGUGAUCUAACCUUGGCUGAGAGCGGCGGUUGCAUGGGAUAUUUUAGACGCGAGUACACCAACGGCGAAUUGUUCCCAGACCAGACACACCCUUCUUACGGGUGA